AUGGCUGCUGAUGACUCCACCAAGAGAAACUCCAACGUACAGCUCCUUGAAGAGCUAGAGUCCCUGAGUGAAUCCCUUAACCAAUCACACACCUCAAACACAACUAGAAGAACAGCUUCAUUAGCUCUACCAAGAGCCUCACCUCCUUUUGUCUCAUCUGUUGAACUUGAAGAUGACAAUGACACUGCUAAAGUUAACAGAAAACAAAGCAACAAAACUCGGUCUCACCGCAUGUCCUUGUCUGCAUGGAGAUCAAGGCAAAAGCAUGAAGAAGCCAAGGCACCUUCAACUCAACCAGAAGACAAAAAGCUUGAUGACACAGCAAAUUCAGGUGACAAGAAAGGGAUUUGGAAAUGGAAGCCUAUGAGGAUUCUUUCUCAUAUUGGAAUGCAAAAACUGAGUUGUUUGUUUUCUGUUGAAGUGGUUACUGCUCAGGGCCUUCCUUCAUCCAUGAAUGGACUAAGGCUUUCUGUUUGUGUUAGAAAGAAAGAGACAAAAGAUGGGAGUGUUCAGACAAUGCCAUCAAGGGUUGAUAAAGGUGCUGCAGACUUUGAAGAGACCCUUUUCUUAAGGUGCCACGUUUAUUGCAACCAUGGUAGUGGAAGGCAGCUUAAGUUUGAGCCAAGACCAUUCUGGAUAUACCUCGUUGCUGUUGAUGCUAAAGAGCUUGGUUUUGGAAGAAGCAGUGUGGACUUGAGCCAGUUGAUUCAAGAGUCCAUUGACAAAAGCCAUCAAGGCAUGCGUGUGAGGCAGUGGGACAUGAGCUUUGGCUUAUCAGGGAAGGCAAGAGGAGGAGAACUAGUUCUGAAACUUAGCUUCCAAAUCAUGGAGAAAGAAGGAGGAGUUCAGAUAUAUAGCCAGGAAGAGAAUUUGAAGAAGUCCAACAGGUUCAGAAAUCUCACAUCCUCAUUUGCUCGCAAAUCCAAGUCAUCAUUCAGCUUGCCUAGUCCAAGAAUAACAAGUAGAAGUGAUGCUUGGACUCCUUCGCAGAGAAGGUUAGCAGAAGAUAUAGAUGAUUUGAAUCUUGAUGAUGCACAACUAGUUCAGGAUGCUCCUCCCUCUAUUCAGAAACUUGAUGGUGGCAAAGAGGUGGAAGAUUUUGAUCUUCCAGAUUUUGAGGUUGUUGAUAAAGGGGUUGAGGUUCAAGAGAAGAAAGAAGAUGAAGCAGAAGAAUCUAAUGUGAAAUCAGCUUCAAGUGAGGUUGUCAAGGAAAUAGUGCAUGAUAAGUUGCACCUGAUUAGAUUAACUGAGCUUGAUUCAAUUGCCAAGCAGAUAAAGGCUCUUGAGUCCAUGAUGGGAGAAAAUAACAAUACGUACACAAAAGGUGAGGAAAUCGAGUCACUAAGAUUGGAUUCUGAUGAAGAAAUUGUAACAAGGGAGUUUCUUCACAUGCUUGAGGAUCAAAAGGCCAGAGGCUUCAAGAUCAACCAAUCUGAAAUCCCCCCAUUACAAAUUGCUGAGGCAGAACUAGAAUCUAAAGUGUAUCUCCCGGAUCUUGGCAAGGGCUUGGGGUGUGUGGUUCAAACAAGGGAUGGUGGCUACUUGACAUCUAUGAAUCCUUUAGAUAAUGCUAUGGCUAGAAAUGACACUCCAAAGCUAGCCAUGCAGAUGUCAAAGCCUUAUGUGUUGGCGUCAAAUCAGUCCCUAAAUGGCUUAGUCAUGUUUCAGAAUUUGGCUAGCAUUGGUCUUCAUGAACUCAGCUCUCAAGUUUUCUCCAUGAUGCCCCUUGAUGAACUGAUAGGUAAAACUGCUGAACAGAUUGCUUUUGAAGGCAUUGCUUCAGCCAUCAUACAAGGAAGAAACAAAGAAGGAGCCAGUUCUAGUGCUGCUCGCAUAGUUUCUGCCCUGAAAAGCAUGGCCAGUGCAAUGAGUUCAGGAAGACAGGAACGGAUUUCAACAGGACUUUGGAAUGUGGAUGAAACCCCACUUACUGCAGAGAAAAUUCUAGCCUUCACAAUGCAGAAGAUUGAGUCUAUGUCAGUUGAAGCCUUGAAAAUCCAAGCUGAUAUGGCAGAGGAAGAAGCCCCCUUUGAUGUUUCUCCACACAGCACAAAGGAAGGGAACAAAGACAAGGACCUACUAGGUUCUGCUGUUUCACUUGAGGAUUGGAUCAGAGACCAAGGUUACAGUAACACAGCUGAAAGUUCUGAAGGUGAACCAAUAUCAAAUAUCACACUCAUAUUUGUUGUCCAACUGAGGGAUCCAAUGAGAAGGUUUGAAGCAGUUGGAGGUCCUGUGGUGGUGCUUAUUCAUGCAACAAGUGAAGAAGACACAAAGGGGAGUGAUUACUACCAAGAGGAGGAGGAGAAAAGGUUCAAGGUAACAAGCAUGCAUGUGGGAGGUUUGAAGGUGAGGAGUGCCACUAAUAGUUCAUGGGACAGUGAGAAGAAAAGGCUAACUGCAAUGCAGUGGUUGAUUGAAUAUGGGUUGGGAAAGUCAGCGAAGAAAGGCAAACAUGCAUUGGUAAAAGGGCCAGACUCGUUGUGGAGCAUUUCAUCAAGAAUCAUGGCUGAUAUGUGGCUCAAAACCAUGAGAAAUCCUGAUGUCAAACUUGUGAAGGAAUAA